AUGUCUCCGAAAUGGGAUUAUAUGAACGACGAGAGGUCUGAUAUGUUUUGUUUCUUCGUGUGGUAUAGAGCUCCAGGCCUCGGAUUCACAGAUUCGUUCCAAGCUUGCAAGUUUAAAUUGUUUGACAAUAAUGGCGGCUGCACUACUACUGCUGCUGGCUCUAGUACCCACCGCCACUGUGAAGUCUUGCCUGGGUGGCCAACUUCUUUUCAGAAUCAAGUCUAUGGCACUAGUUUGACUGCCUUCACUCCAGAGUCCUACCUAGUGGUGGAUCCCUAUGCUCAUGAACUUGAUUCCAAGAUGAUAUGGACGAAGAUUAGAGGUCGUUGA